ACCCCCAAAACGACCCGCGAUUCCAUGGUGACCGUGAGACUCUCUGAGCCGCCGGCGCUGUCGCUGGACACCAGCAACCCCCGCGAAAGCAAACUGCCCGACUCGCCGACGCUGCCAACACCCAGCCAGCCAACCGAAGACGGCGGCCUCGAUGCGACAAGCGCCUCUCGAAACUCGACUGCCACCUUGUCUGCCUCGGCAGAGGCCAACCGUAGCCUUCAGGACGAGCUUGGAGAAUUUGACGAUGCCGACAGCGAUUGUUCGGAUCCAGAGGAAGUCAACUGGGCGGAGCUGGAAAAGACGGAAGAAAAACAGACCAAAGACGAAGAGACUGAUAACUCCACCGCUUUGCUUCUGGCCCGUUUAGAGCAGGAAAAUGCCAAGCUGGCGACAAAUCCAAAGACCGUCAAGGUCCAACUUGUUGAGAAGCCCCAGCCUAGCAGGCCGCGCCCGCCAUCAAUGGCUAAGCUCCGUAAGAUGGUUCGCGGGCCUACACCCGCCGCGUUACGAUACUCGAUGCUGCCCCCGCCGCCGAUGACGGAUCUCGAAUUCUACGCAGCCCUCGUCAAGGACUACCAACAGACUGCGGCCAGGCUCCCCACGCUGCUGUCCAACAAGAUCCGCAAAGGGAUUCCCCCACCGCUCCGAGGCGUUGUGUGGCAGAGCAUGUCUGGUGCUCGCGACGCCAGCUUGGAGGAGCAGUACGAACGACUCAAUGGCGAAUCCAGCCCUUAUGAGGGUCUCAUAGGCAAGGAUCUCGGCAGGAGUUUCCCUGGCGUCGAAAUGUUUCGCGAUCCCGACGGCGAUGGACAGCGCAUGCUUGGCCGGGUGCUCAAGACAUUUAGUCUGUAUGACACCAAGAUUGGCUACUGCCAGGGCCUCGCCUUUCUCGUUGGCCCUCUGUUGAUGCACAUGCCCGACAAGCAGGCAUUUUGUGUUCUGGUUCGGCUCAUGGAGCGCUAUGAUUUGAGAAGUUGCUUUCUGCCAGAUCUUUCGGGACUUCAUGUGCGAAUAUACCAGUUCCGAGAACUCCUGCGGGCCAAUCUCCCUAUGCUGUGGAGUCACUUGGAAGAUCUGCAGGUAGAAACAGCAUAUGUUUCGCAGUGGUUCCUAAGUUUCUUCGCUACCACAUGCCCCUUGCCGAUGCUGUUCCGGAUAUACGAUGUUGUUUUCGCCGAGGGCGCUUCUGAGACACUAAUGCGCGUCGCACUAUCACUGAUGCGGAGGAAUGAGACUAGAUUGCUUUCCUGCACCGAGCUGGAAGACGUGAUGCAGCUCCUUUUAUCCAGGGGUCUGUGGGACUGCUAUCAUUACAACGCCGACGAAUUUGUGCAAGAUUUCGGAAGCCUCACAAGCACAGUCACCCGAGAGAAGCUUGCCCAGCUCGAGCAGGGAUACCGCGAAUCUCUAGUCGCGACCGCCAAUACCGCUCGUACAUCUGAUAUCGCAACAGCUGCAGCCCGAUUCCUCGGUCGCAUCUGGGCGUCGUCCGGUGCGUUCCCAAGAGGCUCAGGUUUAGUUCCAGGCCUGAGUGCGCCGUCAAGGCCGCUGAGCAUGCUGCGUCGGAGCACCUCCAAACAGAGCCUUGCUUCGACUCUAAACUCAGUCGAGGCAAGCUCCAUGAGCGUCAUGAGUUCAUCCUCGACGGAUGCCACCACCGUGUCGCGGGAUUCUUCAAACACCAACGAGGACGAUUCCGGAAGCCGUGAAUCGACCCCAGUAGGCCCCAAGGCCGCCCCUAGCACCAGUAAGAAUACAGAAGAUAGGUAUCUGCAUAGUCAGAUCGAAGAUCUCCUCACAGCCCUGAGCGAGCUGCAGCGUAAUCAUGCGCUGUUGUCGAGCGAGCUGAAGCGUGAGAGAGAGGAGAGAGACGAGGAUCGCAAGGCUGUGCGAUCCCUGUUGGAUGGGCUCAGGAAGAGAGCGAGCCGCGGGGAUGAAGCAGCAGCAAGCGAGAACGAGGAUGGAGCCGACAGCCCAACAACUGAAGAAGCGACUGACAAUGCUGAGGAAGGGGAGAAGGAAGAUGAAGCAGAGAAGAAGUCUGAUGACGGCUCGCCCGAGGCCAAGGAUGCGCCAUCCGCCGAGGACCUAUCGGAGCUGCUUGAUCGUGUGGAGAGCCGCUUUGGGAGUGAGGACGAAAACGACAACAGCAAAAAGAAGGAUAAGCCUCCGUCGCCCCCACUCGGUCAGAGGUCGGAAUUGCAAGUCGAAUUGGAUCAAGCCAAAGAUCAGCUGGCCAGUGCCAUGUCGCAGAACCAGGAUUUCAGCCGACGGAUCCAUGAUUUGGAUCAGGAAAUGUCAUCUCUCAAGGAGCAGCUUCGGGAAAGCCAUAGCCAUGUCAGAACUCUCCACCAGGACAAGCAGCGGCUGGAAAAGCAAAUCCAAGUUUUGAGGGCGAGGCCGAUAUCUGGGGAUCCUGUCGGCGUCCGUGAGUCGGGAGUGGAUUGGACUGGAAAGGCGAAUGGUGGCAGCGGCGGUGGAGGCGGCGGCGGCGGCGGCGGCUUGAGGGAGUUUAAGCUCGGGCGUAGCAAGUCGGUAGCUGCUCAGGGCGCUACGUAUAACAGACGAAAGUCGUCGCUGCUACAGAGUAACGAUCUUGUCCCGCCGCCAUCGUCGAUGCCAGCGACCCCGAUGGAGUCAAACGACAGCAGGUCAUCGACAAAUGACCUCGACACGCUGCUCCUGGAUCUUGUGCAGGCCAAGACGGCGCAGGCCAUUGCGAAGCAGGAGGCGGAGGAGGCGAAACAGAAGUUGGAGGCGUUGAAGAAGGCCUACGGGCUG